UAAAACACAAUUUGUCAGUUUUGUGUAGGUAUUUGCUAGGGUAGUAGGGACUUGAGUUUUUUCUUAGAGAGCUAUUAUAUUUCGUGAAACUAUUGACUUGUUCUGAGAGCGUGCAUUCGUAAAGAAUAAGACCAGGAUAUGAAAAUUGACCUAACUUUAGAUAUAAUUGAACACCAGCAUUUCCACACCCAAUUCUACUCGAUACGGAAGCAAAUACUUCGAACAACACGAUUCGAUGAAGCAGAGGUUGAGCGGUUAUUGAUGACUUAUUACAAAUUUGCUCUUGUCAGUGGCCACAAGCGAAUGACACGAGCCCAGUUCUCAACUUAUUGUCAGACUUUGAUGAAUCUCGAAUUAGAAUGGAUCGAUACCAUUAUUACCUUCAUUGAUCCUAGCUCGAAAAAUUCGAUUUCUCCGGAAGAUUUCGUCUACUUAUUUGACGUGUGGUGCUUUUCAAAUUUGGAAGAAAAAAUUAAAUUUUGCUUUGGAGUUUACGAUACGUCUGCGACUGGAUUUUUGACCCGGGAGUCAUUACGAAAGGCUUGCAAGGAUAUGGUACAUGGGAGCACCCCCGAAGACACAGAAGAAUUAACUCAAGAAUACAUAGAUUUCCUUCUCCGAAAAUUUGAUCUUGAUCGUGACGGAAAAAUAUCGUUCGAAGACUAUUCACGAACUGUAGUAAAAACCCCUUUGUUAGCUGAAUUUCUUGGACAAGUCUACCCAGACUUGAGUACUAUCCAUGCAAUUUUCGGUUAAUGGGAGGAGUAAAAAAUUUUAAGAAUAAAGAGUACCUUACACGGUAA